AGAACAUUUUGUAUACCGCCCUCGCACAAUGAACUUCCUAGUAGAAUAUUUGACAUUGACCGGAAGCAACCUGCGGACAAAUCCGGUGUUUUGUGGGAGACUUCCAGUCGUAGAUAUGCGCAGGCGUCGAUGGCCCGCUCUCUUGCUGGUGUCGGCGGUCAUUGCAACGUGGCUGUGGAAAAGUCGACCGAAGCAUGUUGCAGAAUCCACUCCUACGGGUCUGCCGCUCCAGGAAAUGUAUGACAUAGAUCAUUUCCCAACUGAACCACCGCUUUGGACAGCAUUACGCCAUAGAGCCAACAAAGUUGAUGAUAGCCACUUACUAGCUGCUGCGAAAUUCACGCCAUCUGGGAGCUUCGUAGGAUUUCAAGAUGCCGUCGCAACAUACGGACACGUCGAGCAAAGCCUCUUGGAAAUCAACCGCUUCAUGGCUGUUCAGCUAAGACGAAUACUGACCCGAGCUCCCGAACCUCUGGCGCGUCGCCUAAGAACCCUCUCAGUGACGACACGAGAACGGGCUCGAUUUCUUCUUGAAGAGGUGAAGUCCUUAGCGCACCAGACUGGCAUUCUCAAGAAGAAACGUGAAGCACUGUUCGACCUGAAGAACAAGGUCCGCAGGCUUAUCGAAGUGAAUCAGCACCAGAACAACUGUUCGAGAGUCUUAACGUGCCGCCUGGCCAACCCAUAUGGGUUCUCCUCAGGAAUCCACGAUGUGCUCUGGUGUCUUGUCAGAGGUGUUCAGCUCAAACGUCCAGUGAUAGUAGAUUCUCAGCCCUGGCAUUAUGACCCGUAUGGUUGGAGUCGAAUCUUUCUGCCACUGACCUACAAGUGUCCUGAGAAGCCUGACCGUUCGUCAACCUGGCCAGGAAACAACUUUUCAGAUGCUCGCGGAUCCCUUGUGGAUAUUCCUGAUGAUAUCGCGAAAGAACUAGUCAGGCUUCACACAGACCCUUACGCCUGGUGGUUAGGGCAGUUCAUGGCAUACAUCAUGAGGCCUUCGCAGUCCCUAUUUGACAACCUCAGCGAAACGAAGAGAAACAUCACCUUCAGGUCUCCCAUUGUUGGAAUGCACAUCCGACGCACUGACAAGGGCAGCGAGGCGUCCUACCACGAAGUAGAAGAAUACAUGGAACACGCCGAGGAGUAUUUCGCCAACAUCGGGCCCGUACCAAGGCGCAUAUAUGUGGCAACCGAAGAUCCUUCGGUCUUCCGGGAGCUACAGGAAAAAUUCCCAAGAUAUCUCUUUCUGGGCGACGAGAAGGCGUCCCAAGACGCCAGCAGUCAGAGCACCCGUUAUUCGGCAUCUGCCCUCCAGGCAGUCGUGAAAGACAUUUUCCUUCUUUCCCAGUGUGACUUGGUCGUAUGUACUUUGUCAUCCGGAGUGUGUCGUGUCGCCUACGAACUCAUGCAAGCGCGACGUACAGACGCUACAUCUCACAUAGUAUCAUUAGACGUUGACUACUUCUAUGCAUACGUCCGAUUCCCGCCCAGGCGUAUCAUCUACCCACACCGACAGGCUGCGUCCAACGAGCUGUGGUUGCGAGAAGGCGACUACGUCGAACGUCUGGGUGAUCAGUCCAUCAUUGGGGAAGCACGAAAGAAGAAGUUUUGGGAUGGCUACUCUGUUGGUGGACUCCAAGGCACAAUCCUUACGGGACUCUUUCCGUCCUUCAAGGGCAUCGCGCAGUGUGACUUGGUCGUAUGUACUUUGUCAUCCGGAGUGUGUCGUGUCGCCUACGAACUCAUGCAAGCGCGACGUACAGACGCUACAUCUCACAUAGUAUCAUUAGACGUUGACUACUUCUAUGCAUACGUCCGAUUCCCGCCCAGGCGUAUCAUCUACCCACACCGACAGGCUGCGUCCAACGAGCUGUGGUUGCGAGAAGGCGACUACGUCGAACGUCUGGGUGAUCAGUCCAUCAUUGGGGAAGCACGAAAGAAGAAGUUUUGGGAUGGCUACUCUGUUGGUGGACUCCAAGGCACAAUCCUUACGGGACUCUUUCCGUCCUUCAAGGGCAUCGCGCAGGUGCGCGGUUCACCUAAUGUUAGCCGAAAUGAAUCCCUUCGAAGAAGCUGA